UCAACAGGCGUCAAUUGCCGAGAGACGAUCGUGCCGUUUGGUCGAACCGCGAAAAGUAUAAAUCUGGAAGCCUGUGGUCAAAAACUGUGCUCAGGACAGUCGGAAAUUUCGCUUGUUUCUUGGCAGUCAACUCUAAUUUGACGAACCCUAAAAACACAGGCUGGCUGUGGCUAGCCAAUGGCGGAAUCCUCGACGCGUUUAUAUAAAAUGGGAAAGUACACACACGUUAAUUGUCGGCAUUGUAUGCGACCGAAAUUGUCAAACACUCAUCACGUUAGUCCGAGACGCAAUUUAAAAGACUUAAAUGAACGAAGGCGUAAUUCGGAGGGGCAGAAUGAGAUGAUGCGUCGGGACUACAAACAGAAUACGAAUGAUCCUGCUUCGGAUUUUUCCGGGAGAUGUGCGUCAGACGUAUACUCAAGCGACGCGCACAGCACCGAAUCUCGCAUAAAUUGCGCAAAUUCUUCGUGCGAAUACCGAGCGGGCGAACAACAUCGCGCCGCAGGAAAGGAAAUCGUGUACCGUGAGAAAAGGGACACGAAAACUCGGAGGCAAAGAAACACCGAGAAACAACCAAACGGUCGCAGGUUUUUGACCCGUUCAGCGUCGUGUGGGAACGUGGGUUACGUCGGGUACCCAGGCAACGAGACAUGCACAAGCUCUGGAACGGAUAGCGAAUGCUCUGACGCAUUCGAAAGCUCGUCUAUUGAUACUUGUCUGGAGUGCAGCAACGAUAAAAAUUCGCUGGAGAGGCACAGGGGGAUUGCCAGCAUGCCCAAUCUGAUGAAGGGCUUGCGCGGAAAUAAUCAAACCAGAGAUGAGUUAACGCAACAAGCUGGUAAUAAUCAUUUGGGUCUGGAGGUUAUGCUUUCUUUGAUAAAUGGACCAAUGCAAUCCGUAAUUGACAGUAAAGACGAGAAGAUAAAAUCGCUCGAGCGGGUUGUUGAACGUUUAGAAUACGAAAAUAAACAAAUUAAACACGAACAGCAACCGGGGGAUGCGACGAAAAUAUUCACGUUGGAGAAGACGUUAGAGAGCUGUGUUCGACAAAUUGAACAGCUGGAGGAAGCGAAGAAAACUGCGCUGGAGAAAGUCCGCUUGCUCGAGGAUCUUCGUAAAAAUGACAAGGAAUGCAUCGAUAUCCUGCGAACGCAGACCAGCGACCUCGAGUCAAAAUUAACGAAGAGCGAUGAACGCGUGAGGGAGGUCGAGAAGGACGGGAAAACGCAGAACCAGUGGUUGAAACAGCAGUACGAGAAACAGAUCGAGGAGCUCCAGGGCGCCCUGCGUUCCAAGGAAGUGAAAUUGCGUGAUCUGGAUCGCGUGAAGUCACGCGUUGCAAAACAGAAACAAGAUCUUGAGGACAAGAGAAACGGCGAAAAUGAGCUGCAUGCCAAGAUGUGUGAACAGGUUUUGGAGCUGAAACGCGACCUACAGCUCCAUCAAACCAGGUUGAACAUAUUGGAAAGGGAGAAACGGUCCUUGGAGGAGAGUCUUUCGCAAUCAGAAAAUUUACAGAGACAGGACCAGAAGUCCUCGUAUGUCUUGCAAAUGAAAAUCGUUGAACUUCAGGAGAAAUUGGACAUGAGUUAUCGAAAAAACGAAGAACUCGAUAAACUAUACGAGGCAUCUGAAGCCAAACGACAAGUUCUCGAGGGGAGAUUGAAGCAGGCUUCAACCAAGUCACCAGGUACGGCUCAAACCGCGCAGCUACAAACGGGAAGAAACGAGACGAAGCCGGAGAGUCUCGAAAGAAGUACGACAGUUCUUAACCGUCCGAUGAACUUAGAUAUGAACGAUGUACUCCGAGAGAAAGUCGUUGAACUUCAGAAGAAGCUGUUGAAGGGACAGCAAGCAAUGCACCAAGGAGACGGUGCCUCGGAAAAACGUCUGUUACAGAAUCUUAACUUUUCAGAGCGGGACAGCCGCGCGUCUCUUCAAGAGAAGUGGGAACUAAAGGAUGAUAGCUAUGAUGAUAUCAUUGAGGAAACGGUCCCCGUGAGGGAUAUGCCUGUGAAGAAGGAGUCGACCUUUACUGAAGAUAAAAGGCCCUCAUCAGACGACAGUUCUAGUGCCAGUAGCAGCGCUUCAUCUUCAAGACGAGGCUCGGCCGAGUCCCCGCGAUCAACGAGACGCCAGUUGAAGGUGCUUAAGGUUCGAAAGGUUAGCAAAGAAAACAUUUCUCAAUUUCAACAGAACGCUGCGUACAUGAUGUCCCUGGGCAGGCAGCCAGGGCUAAAAGACGUACGUGAAAGUCCCAGUGGUCCACACGAAAACUUAAGCGCUGUUGGAAAUCGCCAGACUGCUUUUAGACCGGUGAAAGCCACACGGUGAAGAUGUUAAGUCGGUUUUCCACUAGCGAUAAUUUUCGCGCGAAGCGACAUUUUACUUUUGUUUCAGAGCUUUCAAUUG